AUGAAUUCCCUCUUGAAGGCCAAUCUUAUCUACACUUGUUAGAAAUGUCCCCUUCCCUUUCCUUCUCCGCCUCCUCCAUUUUCCUACCCAUCCCAAAGUCUCUUCUAGCCUACGAGACUGUCAAGCCCUCACCUCGCACCACCAAUCUCCUCUCCUCCUUCAAAACAUUAACCCUCAUCCGCGCCUCGACCUCCUCCCUCCCCAUUCUAUCUUUCUCCGGAGAAAGGAUCGGCGAAGCUCUCCUCGAUCUUAAAUCCGCCCCUCCCGACACUGCCCGAGCCGUUGUCCACCGUGCCAUCAUUGCCGAGCAACAAAACCAGCGCCGCGGAACCGCCUCCACCCUCACCCGCGGUGAAGUCAGCGGCGGGGGGAAGAAAACCUAGGUAAGACCCUAUCCCCAAAAAAAGACCGGCCGCGCUCGCCGCGGCUCACAGCGCACUCCGCUUCGUCCCGGAGGCGGCGUCAUCUUUGGCCCCAAACCGAAGGACUGGUCCAUCAAAAUCAACCGCAAAGAGCGCCGCCUCGCACUUUCUACGGCCAUAGCGAGCGCUGCCUCCUCCUCCGACGCCCUUGUCGUUGAGGAUUUUGCAGAUCUGUUUGAUGCAGGGCCUAAGACUAAGGAUUUUAUAGCAGCGAUGAGGCGAUGGGGACUUGAUCCUAAGGAGAAGUCCUUGUUUAUGAUGACAGAGGUGCCGGAUAAUGUGAGAUUGUCCUGCCGCAACAUUGGUACCUUGAAGAUGCUCACGCCGAGGACGCUCAAUCUCUUCGACAUACUCGACUCAGCUAAACUUGUGCUAACCAGAUCGGCUGUAGAUUACUUGAAUUCCACGUAUGGAGAGGGCUUAGAAAAAGUGGAUGAUGAGGAAGAAGAUGAAGAUGGUGAAGAGGCAGUGCUGGAGGCAGCAGGUGGCAGAGAAAGUUCAUGAGCUGAGGGAAGAUCCGAGGAGCAACUUUGUUUGUCUUUUUUUUUUUCAUUUCUGUAUGAUUACUGUGUUGAUUUUUUCCACUAUAGGCAAUUCCUGUUUUCUAUGUAUGAAAUAUGCAGCCAGCAAUAAACUUUAGAUUUUGGUUUCCCAGUUAA